AUGAAGAUCGGACUUAGCAUAACCAUCAUUAUGAUGUCGCUGGCUACUGGUUGGGGAAGCACGCCGAGCCCCCCAGGAGAUCGCCCCAGGCAUGCAAUCGCCAGCUUCAACUCCCUCCAGCCGAAGUGGUAUAACUGGGAUUUAAAUGCCUUGGGUGUCUAUUGCGCCACGUGGGAUGCUGCCAAACCAUAUGAGUGGAGAAGAAAGUAUUCCUGGGCCUCCAUCUGCGGAUUGGUUGGUCCUCAAGGUCAAGCUGCUUGCGGCAAGUGUUUGAAGGUGACGAACGCAGCCACGCGUGCAGUAGUAACGGUGAGAGUACUGGACCAAUGCAGCAGUGAAGAAAUUGAAUUGGAGCUUGAUACGUUCAAUGACUUGGACACAGGUGAUACUGGCCAUGACGAUGGCGGCCGACUCCAUGUUGACUACCAAUUUGUUGACUGUGGCGAUGAACUCAUGGUUGAUCAGUCUGCUGAAUCCAAAAACAUUCUUGUUUCGGGCCAUUGA